CGAGGUUAAAGGUUGUGUUAAUUUUAUAAACAAACACUCUGGAUGGGCAUAGAGAAAAUGUUUUCAAAAAGAUUUAUAAAUCUUAUAAGACAUUAUAAAGGGACAGCUUCAAAUAUAAAUAGCUCCAAUGCAAAAAUCAAUUGCAAAAGUUUUAGCUCAGCAGCCAACAUUGAAAUACCUGAGAGAAACUUAGGACAACCAACACCAUUUGCACAUAAGCAUCUUAUGGCACAUGAUGACAUCACUCCGGGAAUUUCUAGGUCAGAGUUCAAGCAAAGACGAAAUGCCCUGAUGACUUCAAUAAGUCGCUCGGCUAGUGGUAGUGAGAGCAAACACCACAUUGUUGUAGUUCUUUCAAGUGAAAAGAAAUUUAUGACUGAUGAAAUCCCAUACCCAUUUCGUCAAAGUACCAACUUUUUAUACUUGUCUGGCUUCCAGGAGCCUGAUAGCGCCCUCGUUCUUGAAAGUCUUCCGGGAAAAGUACUGCAACAUCACAAAUCUGUUUUGUUUGUGCCAGACCGAGAUCCUGAUAGAGAACUAUGGGAUGGUCCACGAGCAGGAACCGAGGGUGCCAAACGUUUUCUCUGCGUUGAUGAGACAUAUAGCAUUAAUGAAUUUUCCAAAGCAUUAGAAAAUUAUAGUCGUUUAGAUGAUGUCACCAUCUGGUACGACGUUUUCAAAAAUGUUCAUCCAAACUUACAUGAUAAGGUUAUCAGUGGGCUGAUUAAUCCAAGUCGGAGAAAAGGGAAUUCUAUAAGCAUUCUAGAACAUUCUAUGCAUUCAUUACGAGUUCUGAAAUCAGAUGCUGAAAUUCGUCUGUUAAGAGAAUCUGCCUCCAUAGCAGCGAGGUCAUUUGUGAAAGUGAUGAAGGCAUCUUAUCCCGGAAUCAGAGAAGCAGAAUUGUAUGCUAAAAUUGACUUUGAGUGUCGAGUUGCAGGUGCUGAGUUUCUUGCCUAUCCACCUGUUGUUGCUGGUGGUAACCGUGCCAACAUAUUGCACUACAUUAAUAAUAAUCAAGUUGUGAAUGAUAAUGAAUUGGUCCUGAUGGAUGCAGGCUGUGAAUACCAUGGCUAUGCUAGUGAUGUCACACGAACAUGGCCCGUGAAUGGACGAUAUACAACGCCACAAGGUGAACUAUAUGAACUUGUGCUUAGAAUCCAGAAGAACUGUAUCCACAUGUGUCGUGAAGGGGCAACGCUAGACCAAGCUUAUCACCAAAUGUUGACAUGGAUAGGAGAGGGGCUUCAGCAUCUUGGCAUAAUUUCAGAUAAAUUGAACCAUAUGGAAUUAUAUAAGGUUGCAAAAUGCUAUUGUCCUCACCACCUUGGCCAUUACCUAGGGAUGGACACGCACGACACAACUAAAGUUUCAAGGAGUAACCAACUGCAGCCAGGAAUGGUGGUCACAAUUGAACCAGGCAUAUAUAUACCUGAGCAUGAUAGUUCUGCACCGGAGAGGUAUCGUGGCAUCGGAAUCCGCAUUGAAGACGACGUAUUGAUAACCGAUUCAAAGGCAGAGGUUUUAUCGGAUGAGUGUCCGAAGGAGAUUGCAGAAAUUGAAGCAAUUGUCAACCAGUCAUGAACAUUCACAAACUGAAUAGGGGAAGAUUCAAGGUUUUUAACAGAAGAGGGGAGAACAAGCAGCCCAAUAAAUUUUGCAAACCUGUUUCAGAAUGACGAGAGGGAAAGGCAGUGGCAUUUUGACAUUGUGGUGCGAUGAAAUGUUGGGGGCGCUAUUUGGGGAAUGAGGUGAUUUUUAACUGCUUGAGUGCAAUUUCAGGCAGAGACUCACUGCACCAGACGGUCGUCGCGAUUCUGUGGAAGACGCAAUCAUGAUCCGUUCCGACUGCUACCAAAGGCGUCGCAUCACCUAGCACUCACAGGGAGUUGCGUUGGAUUCAUCGGACGACAGUCAUACAACGCAGCGCGUGCAUGGUAAAUGAUUUUCAAAAUCCUUCAAAUAAGUUUGUCUGGGUAGAAAUGCAGAUUUGAAUAGUGUUGUAACUUCCAGUAUGUUGAUUGAUCUUACAGUAUUUUUAAGAAAACUAUAUUUUCAACUGUCGAACCUGCAUGUUUUUAAAAUUAUGUAAAAAGAAUAUCAAUUUUUACUUUUGCACUUUUAACACUGAAUGUAUAUUAAUACAGUACAGGAAAAAACAAGAAAAAAAAUAAAGAUUUGUAUUAAAAGCAAUCAAAUAUGUAUAUUUUAUUCAUUUAAUCAAAAAAAUAUACAAGUACAGUACAAAGUAACACACAAUAAACAUCAUUCACAGUGGGCAAGACAUGUUUGGACUUACAAAAUCUUAAAAAAUAGCCCCAUUAACAGACAAAAUUGUAGUGUAAUGCUUCUUAAGUUAAUGAGUGUAAUAAUUAGUACAGCAAUAUUAAAUAAUCAAUAAAUUUCUUAAAUUUAUGGCAAUCUCACAUUUUAAAGAACUUAUACAUCAGUAAGCAUCUA